AUGGCACUCACUAACGAGCCGCUGGUUUAUCUAUAUCGUCAGUACAAGGAGUCUACGAAGUAUGCCAUCGGUUGGCUUUACUCGGUCUCCCGGCUCGCUCCUGUUAAUCCACUCCCACGGUCCGAUCUCCUCGAGGCAGCAAAGAGAAUAGCAAUCCGGAAGAUCGAGGUUCCAGCUUCUGUGAUAUCACAUCUGAGGAGCGCCGUCAAGGGGCGAAGGAAGGUCCUGCAAAUCUACCGAACUCUGGCUGCAUCAGCCAAUGGGGCCACGGACGAGGAUAAUGCCAAACAUGAAACUUUCAUCAAUAGAUUGGAAGAGGUUUUACGGGUACUGCUGCCUUUAAAGGCGUCAUCAUAUCUGCACUCGACGGAAAAAUCCGAAUCGAGCCCCAUUUCGAAUCGCUUCACGGCACUGCAGGUUUCCGACGACUCCAACGCGGUUAAUCCAAACGUUGAAACAGAAAAUCCUGAAAAUGUGCUACAGGUUGCUGUGCAUGAUGAUGCACCAGCUGCAAUCGACUCAUCACAGUUACUAGAAAACCUUAUUCUGGAGGAUGAUGAUAUAGGAGAGUGGAUUGAGCUGAGCUAUUUCCUAUGUGAAAUGGACGUCAUAUCCGAACAGGUCAAUGAAUGUUGGAGACAGGCAGCCAGGAAACAGCUGCCGGUUCCGCUGGCUGCUUGGCUGUCGACAACAGCUUUGCAUGCGGCGGGCAGAAUUUUUGCUCGCAUAAGCCACAUCGCUUCAACUUUCGAUAUUCUUGUUGACAAAUGGUUCAAACACGCAAAGAAGGGGAUCAAGAUCCGCUUCAAAGACAUACCCCAGUUUGCCUCCUCGUUCGGCGGCCGUUGUGCUGAGGGGUUUACACUCUGGAAAAUACGCCUGCUUCUUCACCAUUGUCGAAGCCGAGAGGAAUAUAAGAAGAUACUUCCCAAUGCCGGAGCCAGGGCAAACCCAGCUGAUAUAAUAAAACCACUCAUUCCUGGCGGACCUGAUGAUAUAACCUGGGUUCAUGACGAUAUAGCCCUUGAUAGAAUGCAGGAAAGCAUGCGUCAGCUGCUGGUUUCUGGCCGUGCCAUAGCAGCGAUUGAAGCUUCUGAAAAAGACGUACAUAUCUCAGAGCCUUUGUUACCACCUCUGCGUCUCUUUGUCGGCGAUGAGAGCUUGCCUAUUCCGUUUCAACUCGCGUAUGGCAUGGAGAUGUUGUUAUCGACUUACAAGUCGUUUCUUUGGCCCCAGGGAAACAAGACUACGCAAAACUGCCGCAUUUUAGCUUUGCUAUUUGCCAAAGAGGUGCAAAAGAGUAUCUUAGGUGCAGUAUCCGCGCUUGAGGGGGUCCACAGUACUGAAGACGAUGCUGCCAUCUUUUACAGCCUACUCCUUCAAGUUCAGGCUGAUCAUCUGGAUGGAUUUGUUCGUGAACAGCGUUUCGAUCUCUACUAUCAAUCCCCUUGGGUGGCAGGAUGCCACAUGGUUGAAAUACUGGACGUCGCCUUUUUAUACGGAGUCUCGCUUUGCUGUGAGCUUGGAUAUGUCUGUGCAGUGCUGCACCUGUACAAUGCCUUGCGGCACUUGGAUCCCCCGAUCCACAAGAUCACUCUUCUAGAGCAACUGUGCCAGUUGUUCCUCCAGCCGCUGUUUCUGGGGACACUCCCCAAGGAGAAUUUCAGUUCCCAUUUCCGCAGAGCAAUGGGGCAGGGUCGAGAGAAGACCGCAACUUCAGACAGACGUUCGGGCCUAUCAAUGCCAUGUACAAUCUCGGAGCGCAAGGCCGAUGGAAAGAGGUUGUCUCUGUUUCAUGCCCUCAGCUCCUUCAACUAUCAACCCACAAUCGAAUUCUGGACUAGAGUCUACAUCGACCCAGCAUUGAGACAGCCAAGUCACGCCCAGGCUGCCCGUGUUAGCCAAGAGAUUCAUUCAGUGCCAUUCAGCGAUCCCCUGGGGCGGAUUAAGACCGCUGUUAUGGAGGAAUUUACCGGUGAACUUCCCAUUAUGCGCACCAACCUGUUUGCAAUAUUCUGCUUCUGUACUCGACUGCUUCAUGAGAUGGGUGAGAUUGCGGACAGUGAUUCGGGCUUAUGUUCCCAGGAGGGACCCAGUGCACGUCUGGGCUUCGCCGUUGUGGAUAAGCUCUUGGGUGACAUCGUCGAUCACCUUAGGGAUGGUGGCAGGAGACAUCUUCUAAGGUACUGGAGGCCACUUAAUAUGGCGAAGGGGGUGUUUGCAAAAGUAGAAAAUGAUCCGUCGCUGUCUGACUACCAAUGGUCGAUAUAA